AUGCGGCACUCGACUAUACCCCCGGGACGGGUGUGUCUGAAGGCGUGUCAGCAUGACCUUGACUGUCGGUCCCGCAAGAAGUCGUGCUUGUGUGACGGCAUCUGUGGGCUCAGCUGCAUCAAACAUAACCAAGGGUGCGAAGACCUUAGAGACAUUCCGAACGGCUUGGUGGAGGCAGCAGACAAUUGUUUCGGGACUGUGGCCAGGUACUCCUGCGAUGACGGGUACCAGCUGACAGGUGAUCCAGUGAGGGUGUGUCAGGGGGAUGAGACGUGGAGCGGGGCGGAGCCACACUGUCUACUAGACCUGAAUAUUGAGAAGGUGGCCUGUGGUCGCCCACCGGAAGUGAACCACGCUGUGCAUAACGGAUAUCCGGACAAGGUUACAUACGAGCUAGGCACCAUGCUGCAGUACGAGUGUCUUCCGGACUUUACCGCUACCGUGAAGACGGCGGUGCGGGCCUGGUGCGUUGGCGGGGGCGUUUGGGUAGGGCCGUCCAUGACGUGUACACACGCUGGUUGUCCCCAUCUUGAGGAACCAGAGAACGGCUGGGUGAACCAGGAACCGACCAACACCGUAGGGAGUCGCGUCGUCUUCCACUGCAACCGGGGUUACUUCCUGUCCGGACGAGCGCAGACAACCUGUCUCACUUCCGGUAGCUGGGACAGCGUGCCUCCCUCGUGCGAAAAAGUGAUGUGUGCCCCGCCGCCCGAACUUACGCAUGCAACCCAUGACGAGGACCCUGAGCGACUGGUGUUCCCUUCAGGUUAUCACGUUACGUACACGUGCGCGCACGGGUAUCGACCGGACGGGGAGGCCCGUGCCGUGUGCAGUGGGGAUGGGGAGUGGAUAGCGUUGUCGCUACUUUGUUCACCGCAGAGCUGUGGUUUCCCUGGCGAUGUACUGAACGGUUGGCGGACAGGCUAUGCGUUCACGUUCCCCCACAUAGUAAAUUAUUAUUGCCACGAGGGGUUCGAGUUACAAGGGGUCGGCCACAGGGUGUGUGGGGCCGAGGGCGAAUGGAGCGGACAGGUGCCCACCUGUAAACCGGUCACCUGCCCCACGCUGUUUGCACCUGUGUACGGGAAAAUGUUUGGAUCGGGGAACAAGUUUGGAACCGUCAUCAGGUUCGAGUGUAACGAUAGUUACCGUGUGUUGGGUUCCAAGGAGCGGCGAUGCCAGGCAGACAGGACGUGGACUGGAGAGACCACAAAGUGUCAAGAAAUUAACUGCGGCUGGCCAACCUCUUUUUAUAAUGGACUUUUGAUAGGCGAAAAUACACUUGCUGGAUCAGUUAUUUUCUAUAGUUGUAAGGUACACGCAACAUUUGAGGGAGAUGCAUUCCAAACACGUUGCUUGGAGACGGGGGAGUGGUCCGAACCUCCGCCGCUGUGUUGGGGCCAAUGCCAGGUGCCUAAUGUCGUUGACGCUGAUUGGAUAAACAGACCACCGAAUGUCUGGGUGAACCACAACACCAGUGUAGAGUUCCGGUGUAAGACCGGUCUUAGACCUCGAGACGGUUUGCGAAUGCGCUGUAACAAUGGCACAUGGACCAGUACUGCUGAAUGUUUGCCUGCUCCAUGCGAAUCCCACCCUCCUCACGUGCACAAUGGUAUGCGGGUCUUUCUGGGGAACGAGCACGGGCACAAGGCCAAGUAUUCGUGUUUUCCCGGGUACCGACUCUACGGUGUGAACGGGUCUUACCUCCAGUGUCACUACGGUGAUUGGGUCGGCGGACGACCACAUUGUGAGGAACAUCAUUGUCCAAAUCCGGGAACUUUACCUCACGGAAAAAUCCUGCAAGUAGACAAUUAUAACAUUCCUUCGUUUAUUUUCCAAUCCUACAUUACCCGUAUAAGACACGGAGAUAGACUCGUCUACAAGUGCAACGUAGGUUUUCAGUUGAGCGGUGCGGGCGGGGCCACGUGUGUAAAUGGGGAGUGGCAGCCUCCAAUUGGAGACCCGGGGAAAGUCUGUGUUCCCGCCCGUCAUCCGCCCGCGCAAAAACUGUGGAUUCCCACGACAAAUAUACGUGCCUAAUAAGUGAUAAAUGUAUUUCGGUAAAAUGUUGUGCCAAAACGAGGCUGACGGAUACAAUCUUUAUGAAUGAACGGAAACUAAUAAUUACAUAUUGCUGUGCCCGUUUUCACUGAUGUCUUGAAUCUGGUUUAAAAUUCAGACUUAGAAAUCCAUAACUUCAAUUUAUUGUUAACUUGCUCUUAAAGGUACUCACUCAUGUUUUUGUAAACUGCUUUUCUUUCUUGUAUGACGAAAGCUUAGAUAAAAUAAGUGUUUUCAGAUGCAUUACCGGGGGAAAAAUGGUCCUAUAACAAGAGUACC